UUUUAUCGUUGGAUAAUUUCCUUUUUCGCAACUGCUUGCCAACUGCAAGCUUUGUUACAAUUUUGGUAUCUUAGACCAACCGGUCAAACGACCUCGGAGUCAAGCACUCCAUCGCUUCCGCAAACACAUUCCAACUUAAGAAACAUUUUCUAUCUGACUUACAUGGCGAGCCCAGGGAAUACCAUGCGCACCCAGUCGGCGAAGGCCGACCAUGAGCGCUAUCAGCUGCGCCAGCCAACUGCUGCCGCCGCGGAGCCGGCCAGGGUAACUGGGCCCACCGCCGCGCUCCAGCCGCAACGCGGCACACGGCAGGGUCCAAUCCUUGGGUGUGGACUGCAAUAUAUUCACCUAUGGUUUAAGGGGCACUUAGCUGCGGACAUGGGAGACAGUGUUGAGUUCGCUGCUGUAAGGGGGCUAACUCCGUGCCACGCCUGGACGAAGCACAGCGUCCUCUAUCCAUUAACCUCGGCUAUUGCACCGAUUGUUAUUGGCGCAUUCCCGGUGGAGAUACUGAAGCUCGCAUUUGACAACUUGACUGUUGGUCGGCUUGCUGCUUUUGGGAAGACGGCCUCAGAACUCGCGUCGGAGGCCGCCUUGGCCCUGCUCUUCAUGUGUCUAUCGGCUACUUGUCUGGUGGCAAGCAGCAAGCGCAACCCGAUAGGCAGCCGACUGCUACAGCCUCGAAAAAAGCGCCAGGCUGUGAGCUCAAAGGCCCUGUUAUGCAUGCCAGCGAAUGGAGACGUUGGUCCUGCGGCGCAUUUGCCACCGCAAGGGCCUGCUGCGCACGCUGAACUCGCGUUGGAGGCUGUUAAGAGGAACUUAGAGGGUGAGGACGCCGUCAUCCUACAGAGCAGGUUGCGUGAACCUGCCGUACGAUUGCGAGCGGGCUGGUGCGCGGCAUCAGCACUCCGUUGCAGAGCUAACGGCGGUGGUCGUGGUCACGGCCGUGCAGCCAUCACCGCUGUCUCGGUCAGUACGCCAUGCAUAGAGGUUUGUAAUGCCCAUGGCAGCAGCGGCAGUGGGCUCCAGCUCCAGAAACACAGCGGCAGUGGGCCCCAGCUUAAGGGAAACGGUUGGUACGGGCAGCUCCAGAACUAUAACCAAAACCAUCGCUGCCAUCUGGCGGCCGGGACAACUGGCAGCGGCGAUGCCCAGGCCACCCGCUCGGCCUUGCGGCCGUACGUCCAUCGUGCGGAAUUAUCUUCCACGCGAGUCAAGAUCCACGGCGUCCAGCCUGAGUUGAUAGCUGCCGGCUACCAGGAGCGCAUUGCGGCGGUGGUGACGGCGGCGGGGCAGCAGCUGGAGGGCGUGUAUGUACGACGGGGUUGCAUCGAGCUCCUGGUGGAUACGGUACACUUCAUAGAGUACGACGGUCGGGUGCUGCCGGCGGCCCAUGUUGAGAUGUCGUCUCCCCCGGCAAAGGCACCACGCCGUAGUGUAGGGCACCUUAACGUGGAUGAGCUCGUGCAGUCCCUGCAACUCCCCCUCGAGCCACUGUCCAGUCCCCGGCGACACUCGGCUGUGGUGUGGGAAUAUUUGCGACCUGCCGCCGCGGAGGCUUCAGUGCCUCUGGGCAGCGGCGAGCAUGGCGCCAGCGACAUCGAUGGCAGCAGCCACACAGCUGGCUUGCGGCAGCGGCAAAUAGCAUUAGCGACAACUGCUAGGGGCGAUCGGCCUGGUGAUCUGGCAUUUUGCCCGGAAUUAGCAGUAUGGCCAAGGGUCGUGUGCACGGCUCCGGGGCCCCGUGGGAUGGCGACCACGGCAGUGGUUGGGCCUGCAAGAAGGCCGCCCCUGACGGCGGCAGAGGCAUGCACGUUGCGAUGCGACGUGGCUGCAUCCAGCGCUUACACCGUGGCACCGUGCGCCGCUAAUGUUGCGGAUGGGAUCACAGCAUCAGCAGCACUUCACUCAGAUGCGGCCACAGCAGCGGAACCAGCGCCGGAUCCUCAUCGUACGGCAGCCCUCGCAGUGAGGAUUUGGUGGCCAUUGCCUCUGGGCUCCAGGAAGGAUGAUGAGCCGCCGGAGGUCGUGGUUUCGGCGCGUAUUGGCGGUGCGUCUCUGCCAGUGAUCUGGGAGUUGGGGAGCUGCCAGAUAUUGGGAGUAGCGGCGCCGGCUGCUGCGGCUGCUGCAGGGGCAAUGACCCACAUCCUCGAUGGCGACUUCGUUGCUGCGGCGGCGCCGUCGACAGCUGUAGCAGUGCUCCCGUCGCCGCCGGGAGGCUACGAUGGGCGAAACGUUGCUUCCCGGCUGGCAGGGGCAACCCUUCAGUCAAUCCGUGGCCACGACAACGCUGGUGGCUGUGUGGGCAGCCGCGGCGGGGGGGUUGAGGAGUCGGUCGUUGGGAUUGGCUCCAAUGACCCCAGCAGCGGUGCAAGUGAUGGUAACGUUGACUGUGCCGGCGACGGAGAGCGAGCUGCUGCCGCGCAGGGGACGGGGGGCGAGUGCGGCAGCAGCGGCGCGACGCUGCCGGUCUGUGCCGCGGGGGGCUUUCUGAUCACAGGGACUUGCCGUAUCCAGGACUUGCCGCCAGGCCCGGGCCUGCUAUUGCUGCAGGCGCACCUCCCAGAGGAGGAGGAGGAGGAGGAGGAGGAGGAGGGGGGCCCCGGGUGUUUUACACGCCCGGUGCCAGUGCUGUGUGUGGAUGAUCCACUGGUCGCGGCGGAGAUUUUCCACGCUUGCAGCGGUGCCGUGGGUGACGGCGACGGCAGCGGUACCGCUGCUGCGACCGCCGGCGUGGACGACGAGCAGGCGGCAGGUGAGGUCGAAGAAUUUGUGGUCGACUUGGGUUUCUUCCUGGGCGGCAUGGCACGGAGCGCUGCCGCCGCCGCCGCCGCAGCCGCAGCCCCUGGAACCGGCGCUGGCGGCGGCGGCGAUCUCACAGCACUUGAGGGGCUCGGGCGACACUUGUACGACUCACUCAGUCAGACACCGGAUGGGGACCUGCUAUGGCCUGCCACGCGGGCUCGGCUGCGCAGGGAACUGGACACGAUUGCGUCUUGGCUCCGGAACCAGCCGCCAGAGGAUCAAAUGCCAGUUGUCGCCAGCCAUUCGGCCGAUUUCGAACCAGCCGGCAUCAAACCUUGUGCUGAAGACCUCAAGUUGUAUGGCUCCGACCUAGAGAACCGCAAUUACGAUUACGAAGGUCAUCACGGCAGUGGGCGCGGCGAUGCUAGUGAUGGGAAAAACGUCAGCAGGAGCCCGGGCGGUAGUGGAGAUCGGGACCCUGGUGGCUGCGGUGGUGACGGCAAUGGUGCUGUUAGGGGCCAGGAGCGUAAACUGCUGGGUUGGGUCGUCGUGUCCCAUGGUUCAGCUGCUGUAGUGAGCUCGGCCGCAGUGGCACCGGCGGCUGGUGCGGGUCGUGUCGACACUAGCAGCAGUAGAGCCACCAGUGCGGCUUGUCCGGUCCCGACUCGUUUGGGUCCGUCGGCGGCGGCGGCGGCAGUAGCGGUAGACGCCGUAGAGGAGGCUACCCCGGCAGGCUGUGCUGGCGGUGAAGCGGGGACGGUAAUGCGGCGGCGGCGGCAGUGGCGGCAAGGGCAGCGGUGGUGUGAAUCUCAAGCGGCAGUGGCGGCGACUGGCGCCUGGGCAUGCGUGAACGACAUGUACGGCACUCUUAAGGAUCCCGGCUACCAGGAUUUCCUGACGGAGUACUGCGCCAUGCAGGCACCCGUAUUGGACGUCAUGUUCUUCCUAUCCGUAGGUGGCAUUGUGUUGCGGACCUGGCAGGAGGAGCCGCGGUGGCGGCAGCGGCCCCUGCCGGCCUUCCUUUCCCACGUGGCGCCGUGCCUCGUGACCCUGGCCACCAGUGCGCUGUCCACCCUGACACGGCCGCUGCUGCGGCGCCCCGCCUGGUCGCGGCUGGUGCGCCAUUGCAUGAUUCCGCGGUACCUGUCCUUCUGCCUCGGGCUGGCGCUGGUGGCGGCGGGCUGGCCGCCACCGCCCGCCAUCGUGGCCUACCACCAGCGGUGCGCGUCGGUGGUGAUGGGCGAGGGCGUGGUGCUGUCGGCAACAGUGGUGAUCAUGCCUUGGCCCUCUCUACUCCUCGCCGCUUUGCGUGUCCCUGCUCACGUGGGCGUGUGGGUGCGCGUCGGCGCGUACAAAACCGCCAUGGACGCAGUACUGCCCGCGGUCUUACUUGCGUGCUGCUCGAUUGUUACAAACUUGCUGCUUCACGCGGUCCUGGUGGUGCAGUACCGCCGCCGCGUCCGUGCACGCAGCCAGGGUCACAUGUGGCGUGCCUUGGUGCUGGUGAUGAUGUUGGUGUUGGUGGUUGGUCGCGUUAUUGGCUCGUUAGGUCAAUCCAGACGCACACGCUGGGACAAUCAAUUGCUUUUAUGUGAACCCGACGACGAU